GGGAGAUCCUGGGAAAGACUGUUAGGCCCUCUAGCCCUCCCUUCCUCCCUCAUACCAACCCAAUACUGUCCCUUUAGGAUAGGGCCUGUGUUGGCAGUCCAGAGUAUCACUACACGGGCACUGGAUAACAGAACUAGAAAUCCACAAAAUGGAGAGGGCCAGAAAGGAAAGAGACCCAUGAGGUCGGGUGCAAAGAUGCAGCCAUCACCACUGGGACCAGAUAAACCUUUGAAAACCUGGAGGCAGGCAUAGGACAAAUGAACAGAGAUGUUCUACACAUGGCAGGUGGGAGGGCAAUCUCAAGGGAGCUGGUUACCCUGAGUGUUUACAAUACAGAUUGGAUAGUGUGGGGUCCAGAAACAUCUAGGGACAGAAAUCUCUAGAUAGCAGCAGUCCUAGAUUAAAUUCCCACUGUGUCUGAAGGACUUUAUUUAAAAAAUCUAUCUUUAUUGAGAUGUAAUGCAUAUACCAUAAAAUUCACCCAUUUAAAAUGUGUAGUUCAGUGGCUUUUAAUAUAAUCACACAGUUGUAUAACCCUCAUGACAAUCUAAGUUAAAAACAUUUGUAUAAUGCCCAUUAGCUGUCACUGCAUCCCCUGCCCUGCCCAGCCCUAAACCUACUUUCUGUCUCUAGAUCUGAAGGUCUCUUGGCACUGCAAAGGUUACAAAUUUAGUCAAUGUUUAUUUUUUCUUUGUUAUUCAUGGGAAAAUGUGAAGACAGGGAAGAGCGCCUUAGGCUUUGCCCUCACGUUUUUACAGUUGUCAGGGAUAAGGCCUGUGGUUAAUAGUUCCAGCUGUCACUUAACAGCUAUGUCAGCUUAGGCAUGUUACAUACUCUCUGAGCCUCAUCUCAUCUCUAAAAUGGGGUAACAAUUGUAUUUAUCUCAUAAGAUUGCUCUCAGGAUUAAAUGACAAAAUGAGAAGAAUCUAGUGAACAGCCUGGCCCACAGAAAAGGAUCAUAAAUGUUUGUCAUUAUUGUUCUUAUGCUAUAUGGCAAAGAACACAGAAGGUGCUUUGGGGCCUGAGGAGAUCUGGGAAGGCUUUAGGAGGAGUAUGUGUGUGUGUGUGUGAGAGAGAGAGAGGGGUGCUCAGACAACACAGGCAAAGUUGGGUGGGUGCAUUCCAGGUAGAAAGUGCAGCAUAAACAAUAAACAAGGGGUGCCAAGAAUACAUGUGACAGAAAGCAAGGAGCGGUGGAUGAUGUGCUUGGGAGAGACCAGCCAAGGGAGCCCAGCAGAUGGGGAAGAAAGCAGAUGGCCACAGCUGGGGAAGAGGCAGGCAUCUGGGAUGCAGGAGAGUGAACAAGUUAAGAGCUUGUCCAUGGGUCAGCACCUGAUUGGGUAGAAUGGCAGAAAUGGCCUUCCUGAGCUGCAUUCAGGGCUGAAGGAGGAAGGAAUCUGACCAGGACAGAUGGGCGUGGGCAUUCCAGGUGGAGGAGCCAGUUUGAGACUAGACUUGUAAUCAGGUGAUUUGUACAGGCCAGUACAGGCCAGUACAGGAAGGCUGUGAUGCAUCUGGAUGGCCUUGAAUGCCACAUUAAGGACUUUGCAGCUUAUUGAGGUGAGAGAAGUCUGGAAAGUUUGGGGCAUUUGUCACCCUUACUGUCUGAGCAGUACUGCAGAGGGUAUGCAAGGUUUAGGAUGGAGUGAGGGCAAUGACUAUGGGUCUCAUCACUAGGGCCACUGAGGCACAGAGCCCCAAUUUUAUUUUUAAUUGAUUCAUGUUGGUAAAGAAUGGGAAGCUGAGGGAAGGCUGGGAAAGGGGCAGGGGAAUGAGGACCACCCCCACUGUAUGAUCUCAGUGGAAAAGGCUGCUGUGAGUAGAUUUUGCUGCCAGAAGAGCCACAGAGAUGGGCCCCAUGAGUCACUGCUCAGUCCUGCAAGCUCAGCCCACAGAACUUGCUGCGGUCAGAGGUCCAGGCUGGCUCCAGGCCCAGCCCCAGUGCUCCCCACUAAGGCCUCAAUCUGUCCCCGUUUCUGUCUGUAUCUUUGCCAUCCUGGGACUGUUCAUCCUGCCGUUCUCCCCCUCUGUGUCACUUUCAAACUGUGCCUCUGAAUCUGUCUCCAUUUGUGGCUCUGGCUUGCAUCUGCUCAUGGAUAUAGAGCCUCUGGUAGGCAGACAUAGUAGACCAGUCUUGGAUACCCCUAAGCAUUUAUUGUGUGUCAGGUCCUGUGCUGGGUGCUAGAAGUACAGAAGUGGACAACACACAGUCUUUAUUUUCAUGGAGCUUACAAUGCACAUUCUACAUGGAGUGAAUAAACCAAGGCAUGGCCCUGCCCCUGAAUUUGUCUGUCUGCCUGUGCUCAAGAGUGCUGGUGUCAGCUAUGGCCUGUGGCUUGAAGCCUUUUAUUUGCCUCUGGCACUGGAGGGUUAUAUGUGCCACCAGGUCCCCUCAGCUCUUAGUGCUCCUGGGGGGCCUGGUUAGUGGGUGGGUGUGGGCAGCAGAAGUGGAGGGCAGGAGCAGGAGGCAGUGACUCAGUGGGGCGGCCCUGGGACAGUUAGGGAGGGAGCCAAGGCUGGCUGGUCCCGAUGCUCACUGAAGCUGGAGGACGGUGUGGGUUGGGGAUGAUCAGGACAACUCCAGUGCUCCUCCCUGGCAGCCAGAAGAGCUCAUGAAUGCUCCUUGGUAACUAGUCUGAGAGUCUGGACUCGGGUGCUGAUGUGGCAGCUGGGGUGGGGGAUUAGGGGGAGGAUGGCUUUUGUUUCCACUGUGCCUGCUUCCGAUGAUGCCUAGGUUCCUGCCUCUGGCAGCCUCCCUGGGCUCAUGAUGGAGGUGCCUGCCUUAGAGCCAGGGAAGCCAUUACACCCACUGCCCCCUCCACCCAGGAACGAAGGGCUUAAGCAUGUUGUGGGGCACAGCGCCUUAUUUGGGCCACAUAGUCUAUCUUCUUACAAUCUUCCUAUGAAUUUUGGGGAGUGUCAGGCCAGGCUCACAUUCCCCAAAUGGACCUCAUACCUGAGAGCUGGAAGGGAGCUCACAGGUCAACUAUUCACCAGUUCAGGAUCCCGAUUGCUGGUGAAAUGAGGGGCAGGGUACAAACCCAGCCCAAGUGCGGACAACAAGUGGACAUUUGACAUAGGGGGUCCUAGUCCUUAUGGCAAUCCCAGGAGAAAGGAAUGACUUUUUGUUGUUGUUGUUGUUACAGGUGAGGAAGGUGAGGCUCAAAGAGAACUGAGUUACUGGAGCUCAUCCAGCCGGACCGCCUUAGGAGGUUGCUGUCGGACCGGCUGAAGGGCUGUGGUUCUAUCCUGCGGCGCCCAGGGGGCGGAGCGGCGACGCGUCCUUGGUCUCCCUGCUUUCCCACCCCGUGGUCGGGGGCGGUGCGCUGUACCCGCCGUCGAGGCAGCGGCGUGGUAAAUCCGAGAACUGCAGCGGCCCCAGGGCCUCGUGGUAACCCGCCACGGGCCGGCGGGUGGGCGAGGGGGAGCGACCGAGGCCCGGGGCGAAGCCAGGGCCCUGCUGGGUCGGGUGAGGCCAAGCACAGGGCAGCGCUGUGCUUCUGCCGAGACGGUACCAUCAGCAGGGCCGACCAAACAUGGCGGUGAGUGCGCGUCUGGGCGUGGGGCCCAGCCAGCGAGGGCCUGCAUGAGCGCGAACUGCGGGGCCUGCUUAGAAAGGAGACCCUUCCCUGUUCCCCCUUCUCAGGUCUGAACAGCGGCAGCAUUUGCACUUCCAAUACCCCGGCACCAAGACGGGCACCUCCUACGGCUUAGUACCUUCUGCCUGCGUUAUCCUCCGAACCCUGUUCUCUCCGACUAUCUUCAACCCAUUUCCUGGAUGAGCUGAGGCCUCAGUUUAUCACGUGGGCCUAGCCCUUCUCCCACUUGACCCCAACCGGCCCACCCUUAAGGAGGGGGCUAAUGGAAGGGCCCCUGGAGGAUGGGGGUGAAUCCCCAGACUCCCAGGGCCACGCCACCGACUGGAGAUGUGCUGUGUGUAGUUUCACGGACGCUUGGGGUGAAGAAGAACCUGCUCCCCAGAUGCAGGUUAAGGACCCCAAUCCUCCAAGACCACCAGCAGGGGCAGCCCAGGGGGAAAGGCUGCAGGGCAGGCCCCUGCAUGCAGAGCUUCAGUCACCCCCAGGACAAAUGGCUGCAGAUAGGUCAGGGGAUGGCCAGAGGGGCACAUUAGAAGAUUCCUCAGUCCAGUCAGAGGAACCAGCCCCCUCUGGAGAGGAGAGCAUCCUAUGUCCAAUGUCCUCCCACCUCAGCCUGGCACAGGGCAAGAAUGACAGCCUAGGGGGAGGCUUGGCAGGGGACCCAGUUCUAGUAAGGGCAGUGCCAGCCCACUUAGGUCCUGGGGGGUUGGACAGCAACCCUGUGGAUCUUGAAGACCCUUUGUCUGAGACAUCGUCAGAGCUGCUGGAGGCAGACCCCAGCGAAUGCAACGUCCCUAAGGCCACUGACUACCUCCUGGCCCAAGACCUCGCCUGGGAGCUACUGGCCAGUAGCAUGGCUGCCCUGCCAGGGACACGGGAUGUGGAAGGCCGGGCAGUGCUCCUUCUGUGUGCCCAUAGCCCUGCAUGGCUUCACCCCAAGUGCAGAAGCCGUGAACUCAUCCUCCUCCUCCUCUACCUUCGGAGCAUCCCCAGGCCCGAAGUACAGGCUCUGGGACUGACUGUGCUAGUGGAUGCCCGAAUUUGUUCCCCAAGCUCUUUCCUUUUCUGGGGGCUCAGCCAGUUGCAAGAAACUGCCCCAGGGUCAAUACACCAGGUGUUGCUACUGGGAAGGAUGCCAGAGGAGGUGCCUCCAGGGCUGCAGCUAGAACACCUGCCCUCUCAUCAGAGCCUGCUGACCCACAUCUCCACCUCAGUCUUGCCCACUUCAAUGGGAGGUGGCCUGCCUUACUGCCACCAGGCCUGGCUGGACUUCCGGAUGCGUCUGGAAGCCCUACUGCAUAGCUGCCAGCUGGUUUGUGCCCAGCUCCAGGGGGCCAUUGAGAGCAUGAAGGCUGUGCCCCAGCCCAUGGAGUCUGGGGAAGUGAGUCAGCUGCUACAGCAGGCACGGGUGUUGAUGCAGCAUGUGCUAGACUCGCCACAACUGGCAUGGCUGCAAUGCCAGGGUGGGUUGGAGCUGGCAUGGCUGAAGCAAGAGGUCCCAGAAGUGACCCUGAGCCCAGACUACAGGCCGGCGGUGGACAAGGUCGAUGAGCUGUAUGGCCAUGUGGAUGGACUGCUGCACCAACUGACCUUGCAGAGUAACCGGCGAGUACAGGCACUGGAAUUGGUCCAGAUGCUGGAGGCCCAGGAGGGCGAGCUGCACCAGAUUGAAGUGUGGCUGCAGCAGGUUGGCUGGCCAGCACUCAAGGAGCCAAGGGAGCCUUCACUGGACAUGCUGCUUCAGGCCCAAAGCUCUUUUCAGGAGGUGGAUCAGGUUGCCCAGGAGCAGGUCAGGCGAGGGGAGAAGUUUCUGCAGCCACUGGCUGGCUGGAAGGCAACUGAACUGGGCCCCACUGGGGCCCGCUUUCUGGCCCUCCAAGCCCAGCUGACUGACUUCUCUAGGGCCUUGGGCCAGUGGCGGCAGUGGCUGUCAGAUGCUGAGAGGCUGUUGCAGUUAUUCAAACAGGCAUCGACAUGGGCUGAGGAGGGACAGCGGUUGUUGGCAGAGCUGGCACAGGAGCGCCCAGGGGUUGUGCUGCAGCGGCUGCAGCUUCAUUGGACCAAGCACCCUGACUUGCCUCCUGCCCAUUUCCGAAAAAUGUGGGCUCUGGCUACAGGGCUGGGCUCUGAGGGUAUCCGCCAGGAGUGCUGCUGGGCCUGGGCGCGGUGCCAGGACACCUGGCUGGCCCUGGACCAGAAGCUAGAGGCCACACUGAAGUUCCCACCGACAGGCAGCACAGGUAGCCUGUGUGUCAGCCGGGUUCCGACUGUAGCUGCCACUCCUCCCCUGAGGAAGGCAUACAGCCUUGAUCGGAACCUGGGGCAGAGUGUCCGAGUGUCUGCCCACCACUGCCACCUUGUGGCCAGACCAGAGGCUAGUGGUGGUGUCCAGCCAGGGUCUUCCCCCACCAUGCAUCCACCGGGCAACUCUGACUCCAGGAACCCCAACAGACUCCAGCUGGUGCUGGCAGAGAUGGUGGCUACAGAGCGGGAGUAUGUCCGUGCCCUCAACUAUACCGUCCAGAACUACUUUCCUGAGCUGGAUCGCCCCGAUUUGCCCCAGGGCCUGCGCGGCCAGCGUGCCCACCUCUUUGGCAACCUGGAGAAGCUGCGGGACUUCCAUUGCCACUUCUUCCUGCGUGAACUGGAGGCCUGCACCCGGCACCCGCCCCGGGUGGCCCAUGCCUUCCUGCGCCACCGGGUGCAGUUUGGGAUGUAUGCACUCUACAGCAAGAAUAAACCUCGCUCUGAUGCCCUGAUGACUAGCUUCGGUCAUGCCUUCUUCAAGGACAAGCAGCAAGCACUAGGGGACUACCUGGACUUGGCCUCCUACCUGCUGAAGCCCAUCCAGCGCAUGAGCAAGUAUGCGCUGCUGCUGCAGGAGCUGGCACGGGCCUGCGGUGGGGGUGUGCAGGACCUGAGUGCCCUGCAGGCUGCCCAGAACCUUGUGCGGUUCCAGCUGCGACACGGCAAUGACCUGCUAGCCAUGGACGCCAUCCAGGGUUGUGAUGUUAACCUCAAGGAACAGGGGCAGCUGGUACGACAGGAUGAAUUCAUAGUGCGCACUGGGCGCCACAAGUCCCUGCGCCGUGUUUUCCUCUUUGAGGAGCUGCUGCUCUUCAGCAAGCCUCGCCAAGGACCCACAGGCACCGAAACGUUUACCUACAAACGCUCCUUCAAAAUGGCAGACCUGGGCCUCACUGAGUGCUGUGGGGAUAGCAACCUGCGCUUUGAGAUCUGGUUCCGUCGUCGCAAUGCCAGGGACACCUUUGUGCUGCAGGCUGCCAGCUUGGCCACCAAGCAGGCUUGGACAGCUGACAUUUCCCGUCUGCUCUGGAGGCAGGCUGUCCACAACAAGGAGGUGCGCAUGGCUGAAAUGGUAUCCAUGGGUUUGGGGAACAAGGCCUUCCAGGAUAUCACCCCCAAUGAGGAAGCUAUCAACGACCGCACCAUCAACUACAUCCUGAAGUGCAGAGAAAUUCGCUCUCGGGCUUCCAUUGCUGUGUCCCCGUUUGACCAUGACAGCUCCUACACGGGCACCUCAAGCUCCCUUCCUGGAGACCCUGCCUCUUGCUCUGUGCUGGGGUCCCUCAACCUGCACCUGUACAGAGACCUGACUCUUCUGGGUCUCCCCCGGCCCCUGUAUUCCACCUUCACAGAGGAAGUAGCACUAGAGGCUAAGGUGGAGCUGGACAGCCAGCUGUCUUUGACUCCUGAGGACUCAGAGGUCUCAUCUCAGUGCCCUUCAGCCAGUGGCUCCAGUGGCUCUGAUAGCAGCUGUGUGUCAGGGCAGGCCCUGGGCAGGGGCCUCGAGGACUUGUCCUACGUCUGAGCCUGGGCUCGAAGAUGGGCAGUGGAUCCAACAGCCUGUAGCUCCAAGAAACACCACCUCUCUUCGGAUCUGCUGUGACCAAGGCAGGGCUGCCACCCAGGCCACCUUCUGUCCACAGGCACUGCCUUAUUGACUACUCUUUUUGAUGUCUGUGCCCAUUGGCAGACUGGCAGGAGCCUCCUGGGCUCUUGGCUGCAUGUCACCUUCUGUCCCCUCUCCGGCUCCCAUCCCAGUUGUGAGCUAUGAUUAGGCUAAAGCAGAGGGUGGAUGUUUCCAUAUUCUAAUCUGUUGGGGCACCAAAAGGCCCCAGCCAAUGACUGGGCUGUCACACCCCUCAAGAGGAACAUAGGUGGGUUCCAGAAGCUGCUGCCCAAUCCCUGGUCUCAAGGCCAAGCUCCUCAAACUUAGGAGCAAGUCCACCCCUAUUGGACCCUCUCUUUUGCCUGGCCUGGCUCCCCAGGCUCAGCUCCUUAUUUCCUGGUCAGUUUGGUUAUAUUGACUCAAUACCUUUUGAAUAGCUUUCUGUUAAGAGUUACCUAAAAUUAUUUUACUGUUGUUAGGUCUUUGGGGUCCCAGAGACUGAGUCCAGACCCUUGAGUUGUGAUUUACUUUGUAUUUG